CCUGGCUGCCUGGCUGCACUCCGGGAGGACAGCUGGGGAGAAGGGAGACGUGAGGCCAUCAUGGGGCUCAGCGACGGGGAGUGGCAGCUGGUGCUGAACGUCUGGGGCAAGGUGGAGGCUGAUCUGGCUGGCCAUGGGCAGGAAGUCCUCAUCAGGCUCUUCAAAGGCCACCCCGAGACCCUGGAGAAGUUCGACAAGUUCAAGAACCUGAAGUCGGAGGAUGAGAUGAAGGCGUCUGAGGACUUGAAGAAGCACGGCACCACCGUGCUCACUGCCCUGGGCGGCAUCCUGAAGAAGAAAGGGCAGCACGAGGCCGAGAUCAAGCCCCUGGCCCAGUCGCACGCCACAAAGCACAAGAUCCCCAUGGCGUACCUGGAGUUCAUCUCAGAAGCCAUCCUCCAGGUCCUGCAGAGCAAGCACCCUGGGGACUUUGGAGCCGACGCCCAGGGCGCCAUGAGCAAGGCUCUGGAGCUGUUCCGGAACGACAUCGCCGCCAAGUACAAGGAGCUGGGGUUCCAGGGCUAGGCCCUGCCACCCUGGCCCUCCGUGUCCCCAGGCCCAGGGCCGGUGGGGACCGACCGUCUCGUAGCCGUGUAGAGUGUGCAGAGUGACCUAGCGUAGCAGAGGUGGGCAGAGGAGGAGGGCAGGGGCCCCACCCCGCCCCCUGUCACCGCCUGGGGUGCGUAGCCCUGACUCGGUGUGGGUUCUACGCAGUUCUCCAGUCCCCUAAGUCCCAAUGUGGACACUUCUGAUCUCACCUUUCACCCCCAAUCCAAGCCACUCACCAGCAUAGCUGGCCCCUUGACCACCCCCCCACCAGAGGAAGUGUGGGGGGGCCCACGGCAGUGAGAGGGGAGUGGACAGCCAUUGGGAAGCAGCAGAUACAUUCUCAGGUGUUGGGGUGCCUCGCCUGGUUUUAAUAAAUGGCUCUGCAACUU